AUGCUUAAACAGAUGGAAACAGACAUUAAAAGUGUGUCUGAGCAAAUGACUAAGCUGGAGACGAGGACCACGGCUACAGAGGUGAGGCUGGGGGAGACCGAGGACAGGACCACGCGUCUGGAGAAGGCUGUGACCCUUCUGCUGGAGCAGGGAGCAACACUCGCUGCAAAGUGUGAGAGUUUGGAGGCGAGAACGAGGCGCAAGAAUGUGAGGAUACACGGGAUUACGGAGGGAGCGGAGAAUAAUGAACCGAGGUGA